UGCUUGAGGGAGUGCUCAUAGUGCAGCAAUAGUUUGGGACUUUACAAUGCGUACUAUGGAUAGGGUUACAGUUGUGAACUACUGCUUUGGACUCCUGGGUUUGUUAUUACUGCAGGGAAUGCUAAAUGUGGAGGGACGGAGCAUAUUUAACCCUGGGAACCAUGUUUUUAAUUCCAAAGAAGACGCAGAUCCUCAGAGCAAGAUUCUAGCACUGUUACUACACAAGAGCUUAGUUCCUGUUGAAAAGGAUGAUGCUCUAGGUCUCGAGCUGGCCAAUAAAUUAGCAGAAUUAGAGGAGCUGCGUGCGCUGAGGGAGGACCUGGAGCUGGAGAGGGAGCUCACAGCCAAUUUGGCAGAAGGCAAAUCCAUAACUAGGAAGAGGGGUGAACCUUGCUUCUGGAAGUACUGCGUCUGACACAGAUGCACAAGGAGGAGGACCACUGUGAAAUCUUGCUGCAAAGCCCCACAUAGCCUUAAGACUCAAAACACCAGUAAUAUAAUCACUCUGCAUUUAUCCCAGCAAUAUAGAGUUGUGUCAUAAUCAAAGUCAUUAAUAAACAUUUCCACAGCACUGAGGUGCCCUCAUGAGAGAUCUAAGGACUGCGGCUGUAUAUCUGUAAAUAAUUAGCUACUCACUGGAAAUACUUGAGGGUCAGAUAAGACAAAUGUACUUGACUGCAAAGACAUUAUUAUUGUUUUCACAGGGAUUUUAUUUGCCUGCUGCUUGUGUUUAUGUCGCUCCCUUGUGGCAAAAUUGGGCAUAACAUUGUUUUUGUACUGUUGCCAACAAGCAUCACAUCUGUCACUGCUUU